UCCAGGAGCCCCUCCAUCUGCUCUCUGGGUCGGUGGGCACACAGACUGUGAGCUUCCAAGUCCCUGCUUCAACACACACCACCCCAGGAACCCCUUCAUCUGCUAUCUGAGAGUUGGUAUCGUUUGAAGACAUAGCUGUGGACUUCACCUGGGAAGAGUGGCAGGACCUGGAUGUUGAUCAGCAAAUGCUUUACAGGGAUGUGAUGCUGGAGAACUACAACAGCCUGGUGUUCUUGGGAAAUUGUGUUACCAAACCAGAUGUGAUCUUCAAGUUGGAACAUGGAUUUGCACCAUGGAGUGUAGCAGAAAAAUCAAUUCAGAAACUUACAGAAUUAACAAGUCAACAGGAAACCUUAUGGACAAAGCCUUAUGAAGUUCAACAAUGCCAGAAUGCUGUCUAUCAGAAUCUUCACCUCACUUGUCAACCUGAAACUCACACAGAUGAAAAGCAGUAUGAAUUUCAUGAAUACGAGAGUGCUUUCUACGAAGAGUCAAAAUUCGCUAUGCAUCAAGGAACUCAUACAAGUGAAAAUUCACAUCUCAUUUUGAAUCAGACAAUACAUACAGGGGAAAAAUCUUUUGAAUAUCUUGACUAUGGGGAAGAUUUCAUUGCCAAGUCAGAAUUUGAUAAUCAUCAGAUAAUUCUAUCAGGUGAGAAUCCAUAUGAAAUUCUUGAAUGUGGAAAUCCUUUCUUUCCAAAUUCAAACCUUACUUUGCAUCAAGGAUAUUACAUAGAUGAGAUGCCAUAUGAAUGUAAUGAGUAUGAUACAGCUUUUUCCCAGAUGUCUCACUUCACUUUGUAUCAGAGAACACGAAGAAGUGAGAAGCAAUAUAUAUGUAAUGAAUGUGGGAAAGCCUUCACCUUCAAGUCACAGCUCACUAUUCACCAGAGAUUUCAUACAGGUGAAAAGCCAUAUGAAUGUACUGAAUGUGGGAAAGCUUUCUUCACCAAGUCAAAUCUUAAUAAUCAUCAGAGAAUCCAUACAGAUGUGAAGCCAUUUAAAUGUGAUGAAUGUUACAAAGCUUUUUCUCAGAAAUCCUGCCUCAUAAUGCAUCAGAGAACUCAUACAUGUGAGAGGCCAUAUGGAUGUAAUGAAUGUGGCAAAACCUUCAUAUGUAAGUCAAACCUUUCUAUUCAUGAGAGAACACACACAGGUGUGAAGCCAUAUGUAUGUAAUGAAUGUGGGAAAGCAUUCUGCCAGAAGUCAAAACUCACUCUGCAUCAGAGAGCACAUACAGGUGAGAAGCCAUAUGAAUGUAGUGAGUGUGGGAAAGCUUUCAUUGCUCAAUCAAACCUUAACAAACAUCAGAGAAUUCAUACAGGUGAGAGGCCAUAUGAAUGUAAGGUAUGUGGGAAAGCUUUCAUUGAUACGUCAGAUCUUAAUAAACAUCAGAGAAUUCAUACAGGUGUGAAACCAUAUGAAUGUAAUGAAUGUGGUAAAGCUUUCCUACGCAAGUCACAUCUUUCUGUACAUCAGAAAACACAUACAGGUGAGAAGCCAUAUGAAUGUAAUGAAUGUGGGAAAGCUUUCAUUGCUGUAUCAAGUCUUAAUAAGCAUCGGAGAAUUCAUACAGGUGAGAAGCCAUAUGAAUGUAAUGAAUGUGGGAAAGCUUUCAUUUUCAAGUCACGGCUCACUAUACACCAGAGAUUUCAUACAGGUGAAAAUCCUUAUCAAUGUAAUGCAUGUGGGAAAGCUUUCCUUGCCAAGUCAAAUCUUAAUAAUCAUCAAAGAAUCCAUGCAGAUGUGAAGCCAUAUAAGUGUAAUGAAUGCUACAAAGCUUUUUCUCAGAAGUUCUGCCUUACAAUGCAUCAGAGAACUCAUACAGGUGAGAGGCCAUAUGAAUGUAAUGAAUGUGGUAAAACUUUCCUACAGAAGUCAAAUCUUUCUAUACAUCAGAGAACUCAUACAGGUGAGAGGCCAUAUGAAUGUAAUGACUGUGGUAAAGCUUUCUUGCAGAAGUCACAUCUUACUAAGCAUCAAAGAACUCAUACAGGUGAGAAACCAUACAAAUGUAAUGAAUGUGGGAAAGCUUUCAUUGCAAAGUCAAGCCUAAAUAAACAUCAGAGAACUCACACAGGUGAGAAGUCACAUGAAUAUAAUAAAUGUGGAAAAGCUUCCCUCGCCAAGUCAGAUCUUAAUAAACAUCAGAGAACUGUUAAAGUUGAGAACCCCUCUGAAUAUAAUGAAUAUGAGAAAGCUUUCCCCCUAAAUGUUACAAAUCACCAUACAUCAUAGAAAUCAUACAGAUAAGAAGCCCUUUAAAUGCAAUGUAUAUGAGAAAGAUUUGUGUCUGAAGUCACAUCUCAUCAUGCACCAGAGAGUUCCUAAAUACUAGCAAACAUGUUGUUGCAAUGAGCCUGUGAAAAAGUUCUUCCUGGAGACAUACCUAAUUGCUACCAUAAACUCACACAAGAUAAAUUUCUUCAGAAUGUAAUUAAUGUGGGAAUUCCUAAUUCAUUCAAAUUUCAAUAUUCAUAUAAAGAAUGCAAGGAAAUAUUUCAAGUCAUAACUAAUACCACAUGGAGUAUUUCAUUAAACUAAGAAGUCUUCCUAAUAAAGAACUUCCACUUUUUCUUCUGAAAACUUACAACUGAUUUCAUAUGUUCUCAAUAAAUUAACAAAAUCCUAUGAACAAUAUAGUCCUAAUUUUAUAUCAGAAAAUGAGUGCGCAUGGAUAUGUUGUCCAUGGUCUCUUGAAGCUACAUAUAAUUGCUCAUCCAGCUUUAUGUGAUGUCUGAGAAAGUGAAGUGGGCCAGAAGGCAUUUUCAGCAAUUGUUAUUAGCUAGUGAGCACCUAAGUUAGAAUUUAUGACUAUAGACACAUACGGCUUUGAAACAAAUUGUUAUUUAAAACUUUAGUAUUAACAACAUAGUAAUAGAACUGUCCAACUGAAAUCUAUAGUGUUAGAACACUUUUUCAGUUGAAAUGCUUUUGCACUCAUCUUCACAUUUGGCAGUAAACAACUGCCGAAGAACAGUGAUAACCAGCUUGUGAGAGGAAAGGGUAAAUUUUGGCUUAAACACUCGAUGGGAAGCUCCAUGAUAGAGAAAACAGAUGGGGUCAACAGUAAACCAUUUCCAGGAGGCUCCAACUCCUAAAUUGCCACCAGCUGGGGACCUAGCAUUCAGAACACAAAAGUUUAUGGAGGACACCUGCAUCAAACCACCACAGAUGGAUGCUAAUAUGAUAUCUUUUACUUGCAAUCUGUUGCAAUUCUUAUUUGAGAGAAAAUCAUUUAGAAAUGCUAAUACUGGAGGCUUAGUCAUCUGUGUACUCAGAAACCUAUCCAGUUCAUCCUAUCUUUUGUCCCUCAAGCAAAAAGCUCUACAAAAUUUUAAAUCCUGUGACAGAUGGUGUCUAGCCAAGCAGAUUGUUAUAAAGUUAAUGUUGAGUAUAGGAAAUAAGGUGAAUGAGUGUGUCAGGAAUGAAAAUAGGUGAAGUUCAUUAUUUUGUGAUGGAUAUAUUUAUGUUCAACACAAAUCAUGGAUACCAUGUUAUUAAACAGCAAAAGUACCUCAUUAGCUGGAUUCAACCUUUUACAUGAGAGAAACCUCAAAAGUGAAUACAGUUUUCUUUACUCAAUGCAUUGUUCUUGCAAAGUUAGGUAGAUGUUUAUGAAACAAAUUAUUAUGCAAACAAAGGAGAGAAUAGUCUCAAAUACACAGACUUAGUAUACACAGAUUGCAAAAUUCUCAAAUAUUCCUUAUAACAUUAUACAGUUACAUGAUCUAAACAGCAAAAUUUAUAUUUAAAAUAUAUAAAAUAUAUAAUAUUAUAUAUAUGAAAUGGAUAUUUAAAUACAGUGGUAAGAAUUUCUAGCUGCUCACUUCAUAGGUGUGAUGAAAUGUAAAAUCUGAUGCUAUUUAUCUUUUCAAUAUACUGAUAUAUACCACAUGACAAAAUAAUCAAAACUAUAGAACUUGAUAAAAGUCAGUAUAUAUGGGCUGGGGAGAUAGCAGUUAAGGCACUUGCUUGCAAAGCCUAAGGACCCAGGUUUAAUUCCCCAGUACCCAGCUAAGCCAGAUGCAGAAGGUGGUGCUUACAUCUGGAGAUUGUAUGCAGUGGCUGCUGAAACAGGCACACCUCUCAAAUACAGUAUUUUUAAAAGUCAAUGCACAUCAUCACAUGAUGUCUAUAAAGGGAGAUCAUGUGAGAAGAAGCAGUUCUAUGUGAAAAUAUGCAGGUGAAAUCAUGACAAUACAGUCAUCAAACCUGAUGAAAAUUGUAGAAUAAUAUUACUGUACAUUCUAUUUCAUUUUUAUGAAAAUAAAGGAUGUUCUGAUAAUUGCAUUGGGUUCCAAAGAAUUUAAAAUGAUACAAAUACAUAUAUAUGAAAAGCCCACAUUGUAAUUUAUGCUUUUCACUACAUUGUGAAACUUUUUAAAAUAUUUUAUUCAUUCAUUUCAGCAAAGUAGAUAAAUUAGAGAAGGGGCAUGCAGGGUCUUCUAGCCACUGCAAACAAAUUCCAGACACAUCCACCACCUUGUUCAUCUGGGUUAUUUGGGUACUGGGGAAUUGAAGCGUGGUCUUAAGCUUUGUAGAAAAGCACCUUAACUACUAAAUCACCUCUUCAAUCCUAUGCUGUGAAACUCUUAAUUGUGUACAAAAUGUUCUUAAAGUGGUAAUUUUAUGACAAAUUUAUAAGUAGUAAUUCCAAGGAAACUUCAUUUUAUAAACACUUUGUAGAUAUUAGGUAGUCACCACCUGUGCUUGAAAACAUAACAAAGUGACUGUGGAGAUGAAUUUUGAAUGUCAGUGUAUUAUGGGGUCAUCAGCAUGUCCUUAUAUGUAAUUUAAUGCAUCUCUUCAAAUAGAUUCUUUCAUAUCCAAUUGAAAUAAUUUCAUGGAAUAAUUAUAUGAGUCUAGAAAUUAUACAAUGUUCCUAGACUAACAGUAUCAGAAAUGUAAAUUAGAAUUUUUUUAAAAAGGUUACAAAUUACAUGUGACAAGAAAGGGGUAGUGGGGAGAAAUGGUACCAAAAGGAGGGGAGGGUGCCUGGGUGAGAGAUCAAUGAAAAUAAUGUAUUCAUGAAAAUGUUGUAAGCAAACCCAGUGAAGGAGUCUUAGGGUAAUUGUCAAGGAUGUGAGCUAGAUUAGCUAUGUCUUUGUUCCACAAUGAUGUGUAUUCACUUUAUUCAAUUCAGUUUUAAAUAAAUACUUAGUUUUUCUUUGUG